CAAAAAUUAUGUACGACAACGAGUUUGACGGAACUGCCGCCUUCUCCGGCGGCGGCUUUAUGCCUCCUCCGGCUGCCCAGACUGCAGAUCCUUCACCCUCUGUGUUUACUGAGAAACGUGAUGCAAAGAGGCUGCUACCAUUGACCGUCAACCAAAUCAAUGAUGGUGUUGAUGUAAACAAUGUUAAGUUGGUGGGAAUGGUAUUGAAUAAGGCUGAGGGAUCAGUUAAUGAGAUUCGGUUUGUACUCGAUGAUGGUACAGGCCGUAUUGACUGCCUCAAAUGGGUUAAUGAGCCCGUUGACAUAAAGGAGAUGGAACCGAUAAUGGAAGGAGUGUAUGUUCGAGUUCACGGCCAAGUUAAAGAAUUACAAGGGAAAAAGCAUUUGAUGGUCUUUGGUAUCAAGCCUGUGACUGAUUUUGAUGAAAUCACAGUCACACAUCACUUUGUGGAAUGUAUAGAUGUCCAUUCUUAUAACACAAGGUUAAUGAAACAACAAGCUGGUACUAGUAAUCAAACUCAUAUGCCAGGCUCUGCUGUUAACACACACGCCUAUCAAACCGCAACAUCAAAUCAAUUCACUGGUCCUUAUGGUGCUUCGGAUGGGCUCAGUGGAAUCGAUAAAAUGGUGUUAGAUUAUUUGAUGCAGUCGUCUAGUGUUAGUGAUGGGGUACACCAAGAAGAACUUGUUAACCAACUGGACAUCCCUUUGGACAAGAUACUGGCUGCACUUAACACUCUGGUAGAUGAGGGGCUGAUUUACAAUUCGGUCGAUGAGUAUCACUUCAAGUCAACUUUCAAUGUUUGAUAUCUGUUUCGUCACUUUAGCAUUGCCUCUGAACAUUUCCUUUAUAAGCUAGAAUUUUUUUAUUUGACCCAUUUGAGAUGCAACACAACCUAAAUCUGUUUAU